AUGCAGAAAGUUGUUGACUCGGCGAUGGACGUUGAAGAAAUUGUGAGACAGAUUGACAAUGAAGACGAGUUGAAGAGAAGUCUCAUCAGGGUUGACAAACUGAUCGAUGUCGAAAAUGACUAUUUAAAAGCCUUAACAAGAGAUAAUGUACAACUGCUUGUUAAUAAACUCUGGGAGUUACCAACGGAGAGAGUCGAUGAAGUUAUAGUAGCAAAGUUGCCUGCCCCAGUUACAAUUCUGCCACGAGAAAAACGGCUACCUACAGUUAAAAAAGAGACAAAAUGGGAAUCAUUUGCAAAGUUGAAAGGAAUUAACAAGAGGAAGAGGGGUCGGAUGGUUUGGGAUGAGGAGUUGAAAAAAUGGAUUCCUAGAUGGGGUUAUAAAAGCCAAGAUGAAACGAAGGAUUGGGCUAUUGAGGUUCCAGAUCAAGUUGAUCCAUUUGAAGACCAAUUUGCCAAAAGGGUCAAGGCCAAGAAGGAGAGGGUGGCCAAAAAUGAACUUCAUAGGCUGACAAACAUAGCCAGGAAUUCCAAAGGAAAAAUAAAAGCCAUAGGCCUGAUGCCAACGAAAAUGCCAAACGACAGAAACGAUCUGACAGUCCAGAUGACUGCAGCCAGAAAGAGCACUGCCUCCAUGGGAAAAUUUGAUCCAAAGAUCAAAAAUGAUACAAAUAAAUCUUCCGAGACAAAAUGGGAAUCAUUUGCAAAGUUGUCGAAUUUCAAAUUGUCGGCUGCCAAGCCAUUGGUUGAUAAAAAUAGAGCCGCCAAUUUAGAAAUUUCUGCCAAAGAAGCUAAAAAAGCCGCCAAGAGGAUGGCAAGAGAUGAAGACGAUGAAGCAUCCAAUGGGGAGAGAGGAAAGAAAUUCAAUAAAGGUAAAAAUAAAAAUGGCGGCCGAGGUGGUGUUGAUAAUGAUUACCAUCGGGCUGCCGGCGGUAUGAAGACGUCGAAGAAAACGCUGAAAAAAGUUAGAGGAACUUCGAAGCAUAGUCUACAUAAGAGACGGAAGGUGUAG